AUCUUGUCGAAGGCAGGAUCAUGACCAGCGGGAAGACGUCGGGCUCGUUCACCUCCAGCGCGCUUGCGGUGAGCACGGAGAGCAAAGCCCGCCUUGCCACGGACGACGAAAUCAACGACGCCCGCUGGUACCGUCUCCGAAAACUUGGGAAGAAGGGGUACUGCCAGCUUCAGACUACCAAGGGGAACAUCAACGUCGAGAUCCACUGCGACAUCGUUCCGCGCAUGGCCGAGAACUUCCUGGGACUGUGUGAGAAGGAGUACUACGAUGGGACCAAGUUCCACCGAAGCAUUCGUAAUUUCAUGCUUCAGGGGGGAGACCCGACGGGGUCCGGGCGGGGAGGCGAGAGCUACUGGGGCGGCAAGAUCAAGGACGAGUUCGAGUCCCGCAUGACGCACGACAAGAGGGGCGUGCUGAGCAUGGCCAACUCGGGACCGGACACGACGGGCUCGCAGUUCUUCAUCACGUACAAGUCGUGCAGGCACCUCGACAACCAACACUCCGUCUUCGGCAGGGUGGUCGGUGGCAUGCCAGCGCUGGCCGCGAUAGAGGCGGUCCCCACAGACUCGAAGGACAAGCCGAGAGAGGACAUCGUGCUUGUCAAGGCGACGGUGUUCAGCAACCCUGUCACGGAGAUGGAGGACGCGCUGGAGCAAGAGCUGCAGGCCAAGAUCGACGCGAGAGAAGUGAGCAAGGGAGGCAAGAAAGUCGACAAAGUCCGCACCGCUCGCCCCCGACCACGACCGAAUCGGCUGGGCAAGCAACCCGACGCCAGAAGCACGGCCGGGCACCAAGACCGGCACAUUGCAGAACACUGGCUCUCGAACAUGUGCGACCUGUACGAACCCGAGGGUGAGGCCUUUGUGUCCCCCGGGGAUUCAUGGCGUUCGUGCACGGGGCUUCUGACAGAUGCGUCGUUACCUCCAAGGUUAACGAGUGGCGCUGACAUCCCGGGAAUAGAGGCUUUGUUGACGCCCCCCGGGUAUUUGUUUGCCCUCCUCCUCCCUUCAGCCGCGACCACCCUGCCCCGCUCGGCGUCGAUGUCGUCGGCCGCCACAGCACCGGAAGGAGCGGCAAGAGCGGCCGGAGUUAGCGCGGCCGGCAGCGGCAGCAGCAUUAACUGGGCAGACCCGGCGAUUGACGCGGCCGCGCGUGCUACCGCUGCCGCGGCAAAGGGGAAGGCGAAGGCGAAGGCGAAGAAGGGAGGCGCUGGCGGAUUUGGAGAUUUUUCGGAGUGGUAGACUCGCGCUGUUCCACGUGUCGCGGGCCUAUG